AUGUCUUUCAAACAGGGUUUGCAUCUUAGUGGCCGAGACUGGCUGGAUGCACCCAAGAAAGCAGGUCUUGUACAUCAACGAUCGCCGAAAGUGGGAGAUCAUCGAAGUGUGCUUCAGCUCUUACAAGGCAUGAAGCAGAGCAACUUUCAGUCAGACCUCAUCAGCUGCAGCACAUUGAUCAAUGCUUGCGAGAGGGGAAGCCAGUGGCAACAAGAUGGCAAGUUGCCAGACAUGACCUGCUGCUCCCAGGCGCUUGUUGGCCUACAGGAAAUGUCCAGCGAAAGCAUUGCUGCAGACGACUUGAGUUUCAACUGCGCCAUCCGCGCAUUACGCAGCGCGCGGCGAAACCGCCGCGGAAACGCUGCCUGGAGCUUUGCUCUGGCCAGCUUGCAGCAGAUGGAGACCCACUCGGUACGGUCAGCGGUGGCCAGCUACAAUGCAGCAGUGAGCACAUGCGAUGAUCAAUCAUGGCCCUGUGCUUUGACAUAUCUUCAUCAAGCUGAGGUGAAAGAUUUCCAACCGGAGACACAAAGCUUCAACAGCGCCCUCACAUUGUUACCCUGGCAGCUGGCACUUCAAGUGCUUCAGCAGAUUUCAAGGAAGGUGCAAAUGGAUCGCAUCACCUUAAACUCGGUGACUCAGGCUCUGUCCAAGUCGUGUUCGGACGACGUGGACGACGAAAAAUCGCCGUGGCCGCUGGCGCUGGGCUUGUUGCGCAGCUCCAUGGAACGCACCUUGCGGCCAGGGCAGGUGGCCCUCUGCGUCACCCUAAGCGCCUGCCGCGGAGCCACCAAUGAUAGCAGCGCGUGGCCGUUUGCGCUUACGUUGCUUCAGCACUCACAGGACGUUGAUCUGCAGAUCUACACCGCUGCAUUGAUGGCAUCGGAGCAUUGCUGGACCGUUUGCUUGUCCCUAUUUAGAGACCUCCAAAAGAAGAUGACGCCUGAUGCAGUAUGUUAUAACUUCGUCGUUGGUGCCUGCGAAGCUGCGAGUUGCUGGUUUUUCGCCCUGGAACUUUGCCUGGAAGCGCUAAGUCUUCGUGAAGCGAACGUCAUGACGGUGAACAUGGCCGCCUCGGCAUGUGAACGCAGCGGCCGCUGGGAAUACGCCUGCUGGAUUCUAAGCUGUUUACCGCAGCAUCGGCUGCAGCCAAACCUGGUGAGUUGGAACACUGCCAUGACUUCCUGCCCCGCGAGUCGUUGGUUCAUGACCUUGCAGCUGCUACAAAAGGUGGCGCUUGAAACGGCAGCGGCUGAGAUCAGCUUCACCACGGCCAUCGCUGCGGCGCAAGGCGAACGUUGGCGCUGGGCGCUGCAGUUGUUGGGGGCGAUGCUGGAUUCCCGCGUUACACCGCAAUCUCCCAUGGCCUUCAAUGCAGCCAUCGCCUUCUGCGAACUUUGGAGGCAGCCCCUGCAGUUACUGGACAUCAUGGCCACCUGUGGUUGCGCUGCCGACAUGAUCAGUCUCAGCUCUGCAGUGCUCAACUGGACCGGACCAUGGCAAGCUGCACAUGUCAUAGGCAGCCGUGCCGUGUCGGACGUUUCUCACGAUGCCUUGACGCGCAGCUGCAGCCGCGCGUCAGAGUGGCGACAGGUCUUCGCUUUGAUGAAGCAACUGACUCAGCAUCAGAUCGAGCCUUUCAUGUCUACCUCUUCGAUGGCCAUCGACCUCUUCGAGUGCGCUGCUGUGCCUCCUACGGCCUAUGGCAUUUUUGAGGACUUAACCCAGAACUCUCUCGCGAAGCUUUCGAAAAGCCGCAAGCCAUAGCCUUGAGUUGCGAUCCAUCAUGAUGUGGUCCUUCCGAUUCUUUCCGAUGCUACUAGCACUAGCUUCGGCGGGCAUGGUGAACUCCAAGUGUGGGUCCACAUCCAAGGUGCAGGUGCUGAGUAGCUGCUUCGAUUUCUCGUACCGUAGUCCUCCACUCAAAUGUUACAAAUGCCAG